UACGUUUCUAUUUUCCUUUGACUUCAGAACGCAACCCUGAUUUAGUAGCCACGCGGAGGUAAACAGUGAGGCACGCCGGGUGUACACUCUCACUCUUCAUUACUCAGAACAAUGUCUGUAGCAGUGCCCACCCCCAUCAACCCAAAGCCCUUCUUGAACCAGCUGACAGGCCAGGCAGUUGUGGUAAAGCUCAAGUGGGGUCACGAGUAUAAGGGAAUCCUCGUCUCUGUUGACAGCUACAUGAACCUCCAGUUGGCCAACACUGAGGAGUACAUUGAAGGCCAGUCUACAGGUAGCCUUGGUGAAGUGCUCAUCAGAUGUAACAAUGUCCUGUAUAUUCGAGGGGCUGAAGACGAGGAUGAGGAGGAGGGGCAGAUGAAAGAAUAGAGAAUGAGAGAAUGUGUAUGAGAGAGAGAGAGAGAGAGAGAGAGAGAGAGAGAGAGAGAGAGAGAGAGAGAGAGAGAGAGAGAGAGAGAGAGAGAAUGGUGCGGAGAAAAAUUUCAUUCCAUGUAAGAGUUUUAUGAUGUUUUCUGUAGAAGUGGAACAUCAUGACUUCAGAAAGGGAGGGGAAGGAGGAGGAGGAGGAUAGUGAAGUUCUUGGUUAGAAUAUUUGAGACGAUUGAUACCAGCAUUUGUAUAUUUGUUUGGCUCUCUCUCCAGUGAGUGUUUUGUGGUGUGUAUGUGCAACAGUUUUUAGGGAUUACUUCUUUUCAUGAGGGGACUUUUUCUUGUUUAUUUUUUUAUACCAUCAGUUUGAAUUUUCUGUGAGAACAAUUUUGAAUUAGUUGAUUUAUUCCUAUUUUCAAUUGUGCUUUGCUGAACAUUUAAAAGUACAAAAGUAAGACUGAAAUGUAAGUAUGUAAUUCAAUUAAAUGGUUUGAUUUUCCAUUGUCAAAUAACUACAUUGUCUCUUUAUUUAUACUUCUGUAAGAAUAAUAAAUGUAUAGCUCUUUCUUUUUAA